UCUCUCUCUCUCCAACCUCAUCUCCGUAUAAAUACACUUCUAUCUUCCUCCUCCUCCUCUUCAAAUUUCACCAUAACUCUUCUAAUUCACAAAACUACAUCUUCUUAUCCAUCUAUCACUUUCCAAACAUGGUUGAUCUAGAUUGGCAAACAAAAAUGGUUUGUUCCAACUCACCCAAACUCUCUCUCUUAGAGAACAACAUCCCAAUCCCCACUUUGCAAAUUCCCCUUCGCCAAAACGACAUCACCGCUGCGUCGUCUCCGCUAUGUGCUGCCUACGACAACUACCUUCGCCUCCCCGACCUAAGAAACCUCUGGGCCACCACCAACUUCCCCGAUUGGCCCAACGAGCCCAUCAUAAAGCCCGCCUUACACGCCCUCGAAAUCACCUUCCGCUUUCUCGCAACCGUUUUAUCAGACCCGAGGCCCUACGUUAACAAGCGCGAGUGGACCCGACGCCUAGAGUCCCUCGCCGCGGCUCAGGUCCAGAUCAUUGCCGUGCUCUGCGAAGACGAGGAGCAAAACCCCGAGACACGUGGCACGGCACCCGUGAGUGACGUCAACGACUUCGUCACGGCUCAGAGAAGAAGCUACAGCGAGGAGAGCCUGCUCCCGCGUCUCGCCACGUGGCACAGAUCCAGGGACGUGGCGAGGAGGAUCCUCGCCACCGUGGAAUGCGAGAUGAUGAGGUGCACGUACACGCUGGGUCUGGGAGAGGCCAACCUCGCGGGAAAAAAGGUUCUCCGCUACGACGACGUUUGCAGGCCGACCGAGAUCCGAUCCCUGGAGACCACGCCGUACGAUCACGUGGAGAACUACGAGAACGGGACGGUGCACGCGGCGCAGCAGAUCGUGGAGUGCUGGACGCGUGCGGGGAGGGGGUUGGUGGAGAGAUUGGUGGAGUCGGUGGAGAGGAGAGAGUUGGAGAAGGCGGCGAGUGAGUGCCACGCUGUGGAACGGAUCUGGAAACUCCUGGCGGAGGUUGAGGACGUGCAUGAGAUGAUGGAUCCGGAGGAUUUUCUCCGGCUGAAGAAGGAAUUGGGGAUGAGAAGGCAAGGCGAAACGGAGGCGUUUUGCUUUAGGUCGAAGGAGGUUGUGGAGUUGGCGAAGGUGUGUAGGGAUCUGAGGCAGAAGGUGCCGGAGAUAUUGGAGGUGGAGGUUGACCCGAAGGGUGGGCCGGGGAUGAUGGAGGCGGCGAUGAAGGUGUACCGGGAAAAAACGAAGGGGUUGGAGAAGGUUGUUGUUUUGCAGGGUAUGCAAGCGAUUGAGGUGGCGAUGAAGAGGUUCUUCUUCGCUUACAAGCAGGUUGCGUCGCUUCUCAUGGGAAGCUCCGAGGCCGAUGGGUUAACUCAGAUAUUCCUUCAACCCACCUAUUUCCCUAGCUUGGAUGCUGCCAAGACAUUCCUCAGUUAUUACUGGGAAAAUAACGCCAAUCAAACUCAAAACUUGGUAGUUCCUUGGUAGUUAAAUCGGUUAAUUAAUUCAAUUCAUUUCAUAGUUAAACCUACCCACACAAACAAAAACAAAAAAAGGUUAAAUUUUGUAAACACAUAUGCGUCUGUAAAAUAUUAUUUCUCAAUUUUUUGAAUCAUAUUCUUUUCUCUGCUGUAAGCCGUUCCCUUACGGUUGAGCAAAUAGAUGCAUUACAACAAAUUAGUUCGUGUU